AUGUCCAUCGAAAACCUCAAGACCUUCGACCCCUUCGCCGACGUCGACGAAGAGAACGGUGGCAAGAAUAACGCGAAGACUGAAAAUUACGUCCAUAUUCGCAUUCAGCAGCGCAAUGGUCGAAAGACCCUGACUACGUGCCAGGGUCUCCCAGACAAGUAUGACCAGAAGAAAAUCUUGAAGCGUAUGAAGAAAAUUUACGCAUGCAAUGGAAACAUCGUCAAGGAUGACGAGAUGGGUGAGGUGAUUCAGCUUCAAGGCGAUCAGCGUAAAGAUGUCUAUGACUUCUUGACCAAGCCCAAGCCCCCCAAGGAACUAGUGAAAGCAGCGGAGGAGGAGGAUAGCUUCAAGAAGCUCAGAGGCUACGGCAUGGCGAUGAAGGUCAAAGUCAAGGUCCACGGAUUCUAA